CCGACCACUAGCGUGGCGUCAACUACUCCUGAAACGACUACAAUUGCCACGACAACCGAAACCACCACCACGCCGACCACUGCCACGGCGUCAACUACUACUGAAACGACAAUAAAUCCCACGACAACCGAAACCACCACCACACCGACCACUACCGCGACGUCAACUACAACUGCAAUGACUACAACUCCCACGACAACCGAAAGCACCACGACAACCGAAACCACCACCACACCGACCACUACCGCGACAUCAACUACUACUGCAACGACUACAACUUCCACGACAAGCAAAACCACCACCACACCGACCACCACCACGCCGACCACUACCGCGACGUCAACUACUACUGAAAUGACUACCGAAACCACCACCACACCGUCCACAGCCGCGGUGUCACCCACUACCGCGACGUCAACUACAACUGCAACGACUACAACUCCCACGACAACCAAAACCACCACCACCCCGACCCACAACCACGCCGACCAGUACCGCGACAUCAACGACUACUGCAAUCACUACAUCUCCCACGACAACCGAUAG